UGCACUGUAGCUAGAAACGUAGUAUGAGGAAGGAACAGUCAUUCGAAAACAAACGCACAUUACACUUUGCUUCAAUAACACUCUUUGGUUUGACUGAGUUAAUAACGACACGAAAUAAUGCAAACUAAAUUGAUGAUCUCGUUUAUCUUUCUGGCAAUGAUAUGUAUUGUUUACUGUGAUGAACCCGUCUGUUUGUCACGGUUUGACUACGAUGAAAAAAUGUUGUUGAAGUUUUUGAGGAUUGAAGACACUGUGGCCAAAUUUGAUGAGCGCGUAACAAGUAUAGUUCAGGACUUCGCAAAGAAAGAGCAAAUAUUGAAUUCUACGUUAGAUAACGUGCUCAUAAAAUACGCGGAUGAGUUUCAGACAGCAUUUCACACGUUUGAAAACACAACGCGUCAGAUCGUAGAUGAGUUCAAGUCAGAAAUAAAUGCCUCCAAGGAAAAGAAUGACAAUAUCCGAUCAGUUGUUCAAAAACUUCAAGAAGACGCCAGAGUCAUCCUACAGCAAGCUUCAGAUGCCACAGAGGAGAUUAAAAAAUCAGCAACGAAAGAUGUUGUUGCAUUUACUGCCCACGGUCCGGCGGAUGGUCCCGUAUCAAGUACACAAACGUUCACGACGGUCGUAACAAACAUAGGCAAUGGUUUUGACACAGCAACUGGUUUGUUCACCUGUCCAAAGUCUGGGUUGUACCAUUUCAUCUUCCAUCUCGUGAAACUCAGAAGUUCAACACGAGUCGACCAAUGCUACUGUACACUGGGCAAAAAUGGCGCGAGCACCGGAAUUAUCGCGAAGAUUGACCCGGAAGACCCAACCUCAAGCGGUGGUGCGGAUAUUGGAAGCUAUGGGGUCAGUAAUAGUGCGUUUAUAAAAUUGGUCACAGGCGACACAGUGGGGCUUAUGUCGUGUUCUUCAGCAUCCAAGUUUGACCCGCAGUCGUCUUUUAGUGGUCUUCUGAUUCAAAUCGAUUAGAGAGAAGCUCUGUAUUCAGGGCGAAAUCAAGUUAGAUUUUAGAAACGAAAGGUUGUAUCAACCUGAUGUGCACGCUGGACCUCGCAAAGUCGUAAUGGGGUUUCGUGUGUUUAAAGUGCCGCUUUGGCGCUCUUGGCACAUUUUAACAAAAACAGUGAAAAUUCAAUGUAGUGGCGAUACACGUGGACAUUGACGCAAGGGAUGUUUUUUUUUACAAUCGUGCCAGGUUUUUUUUAUAUGAAUGAAGGCAGUUGCUUUCAAUUAUUGACUCGUUGUUUAUGACCCUUUGUAAAACCUCUGGUUUUGUUUUUUAAUGAAAAACAUGUGAUAGUGUCAUAACACACUGUGUAAAUAAGUGGUUUACAACCAUAA